CUCUCGAGAAACUUUAAUAAAUUUCUUUGCAAAAAAAAAAGAAAGAACAACUUACGAAAGCUUCCAUUGGCUUUUCUCCUAAUUAUGACUCCCCAAGUGUUCGUGAGUUUUCGAGGGGAAGAUACGCGAAAAACUUUUGUGAGCCAUCUCCUUAGCUCGUUCAAGACCAGUUGCAUCACAAGUUUCAUAGCCUCUGAGCCUUUAGAGGCCACGGAUCAUGAGGCUAUGGGAAAGUCGCUAGUUUCAGUCCCCGUUAUAACAAAGAGCUACUCGGUUUCGGAAUGGAUGGUGAAGGACCUUAGCAGGAUGAUAGAGUGUGAGAAGAUAGGAACUUUGAGAGUAGUUCCUAUCUUCUUCCAAAUUAGUCCUUUGGAUAUCUUAAGUCACGUAAAAAAAUACGCGAAAGUGCAGGGUGGGAACUUGGAGAUGGUGAGAAAAUGGCUGACUGCUCAGGUGUCUCGUAAACCUAGCUUCCAUUCCAGUGACUGGGAGGACGACUCAGAGCUGGUGGAUAAAGUGACUGAAUUCGUUUCUAAUAUCCUGAAAUCUUCCGGGCCAAGCUAUUAUAGUACUGGUUUAGGUCCGGUUCGGAGUUUGAAGCUAGAGAAUGAGUUCAGAUUAACUCCCACGACCACAUGUGAUAUUGAAACUAACCAGAGAUCAUUCCCGCUCAGCUUUCGUUUUACGCCCUACGACUCCACUUACUUGUCGAUUAUGUACACGAAGCUUCGCCUAGCAAAGUUGCGUGGUUUAGUACAGGCUGUACAGCGUGCAGAGUCAGGUAUAAUUGGUAUCUGUGGAGUUGAAGGUGUUGGGAAGACAACUCUUGCAAGGGCCCUUUACGAGGAGAUCUCACCAAGAUUUCAGCACCAUUAUUCUACCAAUAUUUUCAAAGACGACAAAAUAUCGUUCCUGUGCCCACCCAGUUCACUGCAGGUGCAACCUAUAGAAAGGUAUAAGAAACUUAGCUCCGACAAGGGCAUCAAAGAACUGAUGGGACACCGCAAGGUUCUGCGUGUUGCUGAUGGUGUAGAUGACAUUAAUCAGCUAAGAGGUAUAAUUCAAGAUGCUAGUUGGUUUGGACCAGGAAGUCUAGUCAUUGUGAUCACACAAGACAGGUCUUUGCUUACUCAAUGUGGAGUAGAACACAUCUACGAGGUUGAGUCUCCAAGAUACGAGGAAGCUCUUGCUUUCUUCUCAGAGUUUGCUUUCAAGCAGAGCAGCCCUCUCCCCGGUUUCGAAAGUCUCUCCUUCCAGGCUGUACAUUUGGCGAAUCGUCUUCCUCUGGCCCUCAAAGUGUUGGGGUCGUUUCUACACGAUAAGGGAAAAGAUGAAUGGGUAAGUACAUUGCGUGGACUGGAAGCGUCACGUGAUAACUAUGCUUCGGAGGUUAAUAGGUACCUAAGAGCAGAUAACUAUGCACCAAGGCGUCCGAUCAAAGUGGACAAUCACAUUGGAGUAGAUGAAGCAAACUGUUUCCCGCUAUAUUGCUUGGCUCUAGAAUGAUCGAUCAUUGGUCUUGUUCAAAAAUUAUGUCAUUUCUCCACAUGGAUUUGUUUGAAUUAAGUAAUGUUGUGCGAUUUGUGAUUGAAUAAGACGAACAAGAAAAUAUGUUCGUCACUAAACUCGUUUGUAUGCUUGUCGUUUGAUAAUGUGUGCAUGUGUGUAUUUUUCUUAUGUUGUAUUGUAUGUGAUGGGUGGAUUCAGCCAAGUCUCGUAACUCGUAAGCAUUCGUUUGACUCGGAUGGCAUAAGAACUCUUUUAAGUCUCGCAAAUAUGCAGCAUGUGAAUAAGUUCCAAGACAAUAAAUACAAUUGAAAUCUGGCAGCUGAUGACGGAGAGUAAUUCACCUUUAUAUCACUUUUUUUUUGUUUUGUUUUUGACAAUCAGAAUGUGGAUCAUGUUCUAUAUGCCUGUCACUCAAUCAAAAGGUAUACAAGAAAAAAACAAUGUUGUAUGAAUGAGAAAACAGACCGACCCUUUUUCAAUUACAAAGGUAAGCGUUCCCAAACAGCUACUGACGACAAUCAAUAAAAAAACAACCCACGAGACUUGUAGGGGGAUCAAACAAAUAAUAUAGAAAAAUGCGUGUUAAAUAACAACAAGACCACAAGAACAAA